AAAUCCCUAUAAAUAAGGCGUUGGGUGCAGCACUGGGUAAGAAUAAAGAAAACAAGAGGGAAAAAGGGAAAAAGAAAAGAUCUGAUGGUUAGUUGCGUAGAAACAGCGCGUGGGGAUUUCACACAGGACGGCUCUGUAGAUCUGAAAGGGAACCCUGUCCGUCGAUCAGAGAGAGGAGGAUGGAAGGCUUGUGGUUUCGUUGUAGUUUACGAAGUGUUUGAGAGGCUGGCAUUCUACGGAAUAUCGUCAAACCUGGUGUUGUAUAUGACGAAGAAGCUCCAUCAGGGCACUGUCUCUUCCUCCAACAACGUCACCAACUGGGCCGGAACCGUUUGGUUGAUGCCCAUCUUGGGAGCCUACGUCGCUGAUGCUCAUCUCGGCCGUUAUCGGACUUUCUCCAUCGCCUCCUGUAUUUAUCUCUCGGGGAUGUGUCUGCUGACACUCGCGGUAUCCCUCCCUUCACUAAAACCGCCUCCUUGUCAUCUAGACAACAUUGCCGACUGCAAGAAAGCUUCUACAUUUCAACUUGGUGUAUUCUUCUGUGGGCUAUACAUACUGGCGGUCGGGACGGGCGGGACUAAGCCCAACAUCUCGACCAUAGGCGCGGACCAGUUUGAUGAUUUUGAGCCCAAGGAGAGGGCCCACAAGCUCUCAUUCUUCAACUGGUGGAUGUUCAGCAUAUUCUUCGGGACGCUCUUCGCAAACACAGUCCUUGUCUACAUACAGGACAAUGUGGGGUGGACGCUGGGCUAUGGGCUGCCGACGCUUGGGCUUGCGAUUUCAGUGGCAAUCUUCUUAGCUGGGACACCUUUCUAUAGGCACAAGUUACCCUCUGGGAGUCCCUUUACAAGGAUGGCUAGAGUCAUUGUUGCUGCCCUUAGUAAAUGGAGGGUCCCAUUACCAAACGACCCCAAAGAACUCUAUGAGCUGGACUUGGAAGAGUAUGCAAGAAAACACAAGUUUAGGAUCGAUUCUACCCCUUCUUUGAGAUUUCUCAACAAGGCGGCUGUGAAAACCAACCUAGACUCUCCAUGGACGCUCUGUCCAGUCACCCAAGUAGAAGAAACAAAACAAAUGCUACGAAUGAUUCCAAUCUUAUUUGCAACCUUUAUUCCAAGCACGAUGAUCGCUCAAGUCCAUACGCUUUUCAUCAAGCAAGGUACAACGCUGAAGAGACACAUCGGUUCCAGCUUCAAGAUUCCCCCUGCCAGCUUAGCCGGCUUUGUAACACUUACCAUGCUCAUCUGUGUUGUGAUAUAUGACCGUUGCUUCGUUAAGAUCAUGAGAAAGUGGACCAAGAAUCCGAGGGGGAUCACCCUCCUCCAGAGGAUGGGAAUUGGCCUUCUCUUCCACAUUGUGAUCAUGUUGACUGCAUCUCUAACUGAAAGGCAUAGACUGCAAGUCGCUAGAGAUCAUGGCGUAGUUCAAAAUGGAGGGGAAGUUCCACUCACUAUAUUCGUCUUACUCCCUCAAUUCGUGCUUAUGGGAGUUGCAGACUCUUUCCUUGAGGUGGCAAAGAUCGAAUUCUUCUAUGAUCAGGCUCCAGAAGGAAUGAAAAGCCUCGGGACCUCUUACUCCAUGACGAGUCUUGGGAUGGGGAACUUUCUUAGCAGUUUCCUUCUUUCAACGGUGUCCCACAUCACUGAGAAACAUGGCCACAAAGGGUGGAUUCUGAAUAAUCUCAAUGCCUCUCAUCUGGACUACUAUUACGCUUUCUUCGCUGUCUUGAACGUAUUGAAUUUCAUUUUCUUCCUAAUUGUAGUCAAGCUCUAUGUAUAUAAAGCCGAGGUAACAGAUUCGAUGGAAAUGAUCGAAGGAGAAAAUGGGAAGUUGGCAUUGAGCACUAGUAACCAUGAAGAAAAUGGUAAGUUGGCAUUGAGCACUAGUAACCAUGAAGAAAACGGUAAGUUGGCAUUGAGCACUAGUAACCAUGAAGAAAAUGGGAAGUUGGCAUUGAGCGCUAGUAACCAUGAAGUGUCAUCAACUUAAAUCUUAUCACUCGAUUUGAUGGAGAAGAGCCUCUCAUUCUUGUGGUAUGUCAUUUUGGGGUACAUGUACCUAGACAAAAGUGGUCUUCUAUGCAUCAAGAAGCAAUGACAGACAAUGAAGUGAAUCGUAUUGGAUGCCGGUUUUGAAAAUCAUGUGGUGUACCAACAUUGAAGAUUGCAGGGUAGGUGGUGUUUUGAUAUGGGGUGACAUGUAUCAUAUCAUGGUCUGAUUCAAAGUACAAUGUAUACCUUUUGGCUUAUCAAUCUGCCACAAACGAAAAGAGAUUGUUGUAUGAAAGUUUACAAGAUACACAGAAAAAAUUGGGUUGAAAUAGGUAGUACAUGGUUAGUACCAUGAGAUUGUUGUGUGAAAGUGUACAAGAUACACAGAAAAAAUUGGAUUGAAAUAGGUAGUACAUGGUUAGUACAGUGAUUAGACGCUGUUCUUGA